CUGAAUUCAUCGUUAUGAAUUCUAGUUGGCAGAAGUUGUGAGGUUUGACAGUGAUUUUAAUGUUUUUAGUGUUUUAUGUUUGAAAUAUGACUGGAUUGUCACAAACUGAUAAUGAAUUGAAAAAGUUAUUAAGUAAUCCAGCUAAAAAUGUUAGCGAUGACGGGUCUAUGGCCCCUCCCCUUACGACAAAUGUUCCAAGGCCAAGCACAUCACAUAGCUCUUGUAUACAGAUGACAAUGACUCCAGCAUGUAGUACAAAAGAAACAUUACAACCUUGUAUACAAAAUGUUGUUUCAACUGUUAAUUUAGGAACUCAAUUACAACUAACAUAUAUUAAUACAAGAACUAGGAAUUCUGAAUACAAUCCUGCACGUUUUACGGGAUUAAUAAUGAGAAUUCAAUGUCCAAGAGCAACAGCCCUAAUCUUUCGUUCUGGAAAAUUGGUGUGCACUGGUACAAAAAGUGAAGAAGAUUCUUUUUUAGCUACCAGAAAAUUUGCUAGGAUAAUUCAAAAAUUAGGUUUUCAGGUGAAGCUUAUUCAUUUUAAAGUUCAGAACAUAGUAGCAACGUGUGACUUAAAAUUUCCAAUUAAGUUAGAGAACCUAAAUCAUAUGCAUGGGCAGUUUUCUAGUUAUGAACCAGAGUUAUUCCCGGGUUUAAUAUACCGGAUGGUUUUACCUAGAGUUGUGUUACUCAUAUUUGUCAAUGGAAAAGUUGUUUUAACAGGAGGAAAACAACGUAGUGAAUUGCAUGAUGCAUUAACAAAUAUAUACCCCAUAUUGAAAAGUUUCAGAAAACAGUAAUUAUUUAAUUUGAAAUUAAUUGAAUUAUGUACAUUAUGUAUUAUGGCUUUCUGUAAGUAAAACUGAUAAACUUGUAUUAAAAACGAUACCUUUUUACUAUUUUAUUACAUUUUGUGUAAUAACUCUUUAGUAGGAUAUUUGUCAA